UACUUCCGGUGUGCGGUGACGCGUCUUUAAACAGUGUGUCUGCAGGCUGUCGCAGUUUGAUCCUCUUCUCCUCACAAACAGCAUCGUUGAGAAUAAAAAGAGCAGCCAUGGCGCAGGGGCUCAAAGACAGGUUCGAGAAGUUCCUCCAUGAGAAGAACUUCAUGACAGAAACUCUGGCGAAGAUAGAGGCGAAGACUGGAGUCAGCCGGACCUACAUCGCUGUGGCUGUGAUCGGGAUCAUCUCGGUGUACCUGGUGAUCGGGUACGGAGCCUCCCUGCUGUGCAACCUCAUCGGCUUCCUCUAUCCUGCAUACAUAUCGAGUCCACGAGGAGCCGGAUAUAGACCGAGCCGGAUUAUGUGCUGCUUACGACACUCUCAUUAUGUGAUCUCAGAAAUAAAACAUCUGGUAUUUUAGGAGUUAAACAUGGUG